AUGGCAAGGUCUGGACUGCUAAUUUUAACUCAACCACUGUCCCAUCUGAAAUCACUGAUUCCUCAGGUUGUCAAAGAAGCAUCUGAAUCUGUCAGCGGCACACUUUACAUUUGUUUACAACCAGCCCUACAAGAUCGACAUGUGACACAGGACUCCCUAUUGCAGCCUGUUCUCUCAACACAAGAGAUGCAGAUGUUAAUCCGAGAUUUUUACAUGAGCGGGUCAAAAGUAUGCCAUACAUUGGACAUACGGGUUCUUCUUUCACAUAUUUGUCCAAACCUGUCCACUUUUCAACCAGUUGCAUACAGUUUGAAGAAAAAAAUGUCAGUUUUAUUAUCAGAUUCAGUAGCCUUGCAAGAUGUGUGGAACGAUGAUAAAAUAUCACUCGUGGAUGUUCUGCAAACAGUAUUUAAAAAUAUCAGCCCAGAUAUUCAAUUUCAGCUUCUUAAUACUAAUUUUAGCCAGAAGGUCACAUCUUCCCAGACAUCACUGAGCGUAUUACGGACAUUCCCGAAUGUUGUAGUUGGUGGAACUUUUGAUUAUCUCCAUGCAGGACAUAAGUUAUUGUUGAAUGAAUGUUGUUUGCUGUGUGACCAGAAACUAACGGUUGGCAUCACUGAUGGGGAUCGGAACAAAAAAAAAGUACUAUGGGAGCUUAUUGAACCAUAUGCAGACCGAGAAAAGGAAGUGGUCAGAUUUGUUACAGAAGUAAAGCCAGGUAUUAUCAUGGAGCCAGUUAAGAUAUUUGAUGCAUUUGGCCCCACAAAGACAGAUCCGAACCUUGACUGCAUUGUUGUGAGUCAGGAAACCAAAGAAGGAGCAAAGAUGGUUAACGAAGAAAGAUUAAAAUUAGGCUUCAGUCAACUAGAAGUGGUUGUCAUAGACUUGAUUGAUGAUGUGUGCCACACAGAUGAUGAGGAAUCAAAAGUCAGUUCUUCCUCCAUUAGGAAGAGACUUCUGGGAACUUUGUUGCGACCACUUCCUUAUAGACCAAAUAUUCCAAAGACACCAUAUAGGAUUGGAGUUAGUGGAGGUAUUGCCAGUGGCAAGUCAAAUGUGUGUUCUGAGCUGGAAAAAUUUGGAGCUAAAAUUAUCAACUGUGAUUUACUUGGACACAAGGCGUAUGUGAAGGGCACAGACGCAUAUCAUGCAAUUAUCAAAGAGUUUGGCCACUCGGUACUUGAUGAUAAUAAAGAAAUCAACAGACGACUCCUAGGAUCAGUUGUCUUCAAUGAUAAGUCUAAGCUCACAACACUCAACAGCAUAGUUUGGCCAGCCAUUCAGCAGCUAGCAGAGGAAGAGAUUGAAUUUCACAGAAAAACUGGUGCGACCGUUGUUGUUCUUGAGGCUGCAGUGCUGAUUGAGGCAGGAUGGGAUAGUAUGGUGCAUGAGAUCUGGGCAACAUUUGUACCCCGGGAGGAGGCCAUAAGACGUGUGGUGGAAAGAAAUGGACUUAGUGAGACUGAGGCAGAGAAACGAAUUGACUCACAGAUUUCUAAUGUGGAACGGAUAGAGAAGUCCAAUGUUGUCAUUUGUUCACUGUGGGAAUACGAAGUGACUCGCAGACAGGUUCAGAAAGCUUGGUCUUUGUUGCAGGAUAGAAUCAAACCAGCCACUCAGAAUAAACUGUAG